UGUGACAAUAACACGGACCUGGGCGAAAACCAUCCACUAAGUGAUGCGAAACAGUGGCGCUGCCGGCUGUGAAAGGAAAACUUGUUUCGAUGGGUAAUACCUGGUUGUUAGGAUGUAAAACAUCGGUGCUGAAUGCCUCAUAAAAAAAUGUGGCAGAAAGCCCAUGACUGGUCCCUAUGGAAACCGAGAAAUACCUAUUCAAUCAAAAAUCGGGAGAGUUAAAUGAGUUAAUGAAAUGACGGAAAGUUGGAAGCCAAAACGCAAGGCCGGGGUCCUGCACUGAGAGAACAGGCGCAGAGCAUGCCGGGAAUUGCCUGAAUGUCGCGAGAGAAUUUGCUGAUUGACAUUGGAGUGACCGCCUGAAUCUAAGGCCUGCCAAAUUCUGCUAUAGCUUACUCUGGCUCUGUAAUUCUACUGAUAUAACAGCGAAGAAAUCCCGUAUUAAAAAUAUACAGGAGCCUCGAAAAUUCUUACGGUCUGGAUAAUCUGGACUUAUAUUUCGGCUCCGUGUGUAAAGUGUAUUUCGUAGAAAAAUCUGGAAAAAGGGUUUUAGGAGAGAGAGAGUUUCAUUGAGGAACUGAUUCCACUGCCGAAUAACACUGUAUGCACUACCCGGAACUCGGUAGAAGUGCCCAGGCUAUGUGCCACACCUCCCCAAUCUACAACUACGGAAAAACCUCUCAGAGCAAACCACAAGAGAACAGCUCUGGAAAAUUGCGAAAACUUUCCGGAUGAUUGGAGAUCCGGUGUGAGUUCCCAAAUGACGGGGAGUCGAAAAUUUUGAAAUAUUUAUAUCGUUGUGAAUGUGAAAAAAGCUGUGAAGAGAGAAAAGAAACAACAACAACAAGCGGAGCAUUUCGUGAUUCCGGUGCUCAAUGUUUUAUGCACGCUGACUCAUUGAUCAUGAAAAUCCAGGGAAUUCUUGUCUGCCUUUACUUCUACUUGAUGUGCCCUGCGAAUAUAAUUGGACUUUGGUGGGCUGUUGGCAGUCCACUGGUUAUGGAUCCAAACAGUAUUUGUAGAAAGAGCAAGCGAUUGGCCGGAAAACAACGCGAGAUUUGCCGAAAAGAGCCGGAGAUUGUGGCGGAAGCAGCCAAAGGCGCGAAACUAGCGUUGACGGAGUGUCAGAAUCAGUUCAAAUACCGGAAGUGGAAUUGCACAACAGCGAGGAGAUCGUUCCGGAAAAUUCUCCGCCGAGACACGAGGGAAACCGCUUUUGUGUACGCCAUUACUGCUGCUGGAGUUGUGUACACAGUGACGCAGGCGUGCAGUAUGGGCAAUCUAUUACAGUGUACAUGCGACAACCCUCUACGGGAUACGUCCACCGACGGUCACUGGGAAUGGGGUGGCUGUGGCGAUGACGUCAGAUAUGGAUAUGUAAAAUCAAAAGACUUUAUGGACGCUCGUCCGAAGAGGCGGAAAGGCGAUAUAACCACACAGAUUAGGCUACAUAAUAAUGAAGCUGGCAGAUUAGCUGUCAAAGAGUACAUGCGCACUGAGUGCAAGUGUCACGGCUUGUCGGGCUCAUGCACGCUGAAGACAUGCUGGCGUAAAAUGCCCGUCUUCAGAGACGUAGGAUUACGGUUGAAGGAUAAAUUUGACGGAGCGUCCAAAGUCAUGGGCUCUAACGACGGCAAAGAACUAAUUCCAGUCGGCGAAACCAUAAAACCUCCCAGUAAGCAGGAUCUUAUUUAUUCCGAACAGUCGCCUGACUUUUGCCGAGCGAGCCGUCGGAACGGAAGCUUGGGGACCCACGGAGAGUGUGACCCCAAGUCUAUGGGGGUCGGGGGUUGUGAUAUACUCUGCUGUAACAGAGGCUUUGCUAAGACACAGGUGACCGUCAAGGAGAAUUGUCAGUGUCGUUUUCUCUGGUGCUGUGAAGUCAUCUGUAAUACUUGUGUGUCCACAAAAACCAUUUACCGGUGCUUGUGAUCAGACCGAAACGCGAUACCGUGAUCACGUGAUAAGUGAUGUUUGGCUGCUGCUGCUGCUGCUGUUGUCGUUGUUGUAACACAGAUGCUAUCAAGCGGUUUUUCGAGAACACUGUGAGAAAUAUAGAAAAUUGAGAAAUGGCAACUGGGCCGCCUUUUGUUUUUCAAGGUGUCUCGUCGUGAAAUGAGAUUUUGAGCACCAGCCUGGGAACCCGCAGAAAACUUACAUAAUUGCAAAAAAUGGCGUGAAAUCGGCCGACGGAAUCCUCAGCGAAAUCAAAAGAUGGUUGCAUGGCGUCACGUCAUGAAGCCGAUGGCUAGACGCUUUUCUGAUGCGCCGCCUGGUGGCCGCCUGAAGCCAAUUAAACGCUUAAGUGUAAGAGGUUUGCUUCAGUGUGAUUGGUCAACGCAUUCUGCCCACCUCAUGUUCAAUCCGUGUUUUUACAUAAUGCUUUGAAAAAGAAAACUUGAAUGCUUAACUUAUUAGUGUUGUACUGUCAAGCUGGCGUAUAGAAGAGACACAACGAGUUUGAAAAGUGUGGCAAAAGAAAAAAUUGCAAAAAUGCAAAGAAAUAGGAACAAGACUUCAGAAUUGAGGAAGGAAUUACUUACUGUUAGUAUUAAAGAAAGCUGUCAUUUGGCGAUAAUCAAUGCGAGUCAUCUCCAUUCUCGAUGGUCUUUUGGAGUUCAUGCUUGUAUACUGCCAAGACUGCCCUAUACAGACUUUUGUGCUGGUGUUGUACAUGUCAAAUCACGAAUAGUCGGAAUUUCGUGAGGCAAAAGGGUUGUGAAUAUUGAAUAUACAUGAAUAGCAUUGCGAACCCUGUCUUCCAAGGCAAUAUGUGUUUGGUGUAUUCGUGGAAUGUAAUUGUUGUAUAUGUGGAGUAAAACCACGCCAAAGACUAACAUACUGGUUUCAAUACGCUUCUUUCUACUUGUGCUAUCAAGCAAUAAAAUCCUUACAAUGCAAAUAAAUUAAUUUUUACUGCUGAUGUAGGUAUGAAAUCGACCCAGUUUUUUUUAAAUUCAAUAUAUUUUUCUUUGAAAUGAAGAAGAUAGAAUUCCUUAGGCAGAAGAUCUAACAGCUGUUCUUUCGAUGCACAACUGAUAAUAAUCACCUCUUGAACCCUUCCUGGCAGAUGUAAUGUAACUGCCCACCUUCCUGCUUGUUGUGCAAUUAUUUCAAUUUCCAUUAAAAGUAGACAUUUACUGAGUUUACUUCGGCCAGUAAGACACAAAGUGUCUCAAUCUAAAGAUUCAUGUAUAAAUGAUGUACAAGUUUCUUGGAAAGAACUACCGUACAGGUAUGUAUUUAUAGCCUUGCACAGCCAAGUGACAUUAAACCUCAAUCAUUCACUCUACUACUCAGCAAAUCACUGAACGAGGUCGUGGAAUCCAAGUCAUGAUUACGGCGCUGUGUUGGCAUCUACAACAGAUAUACUCCGAGUUGAGAUGAUUUCAGCAAAGUUAGCUUAGAAAGUACGUGACUCCUUUACUAGACGCUGAAGUACAAAUGAACUUGACCCGCUAAUUGAGAGCUCCUGAUUUUUUAUACAGAAAAUACCUUGCUAUCAUCUUUGUGUCUUCAAUAUGCCUACUUGAGAACGGACUAACUAAUACAUUGUUGACUACAGGCUGGAAUACAAGUGAAUUGACUCUCUGGUCUGAGUGCAAAGUAACUGAGAAAAACUUUUCUUUUUCGUUUAACGCCAUAAUACUUAAAACCCCCCGACUUCUCACAAUCUGAUAAAAUGCAUUGCCCCCUUACUAGACUGCAGUAAUUGAGAACUCUAUCAUUGGUUUAUGCGUGUGAAAAGCAAUCUUGAUCAAUCAAUUACUCUCUUACUAUGCUGACUGUGAAACGUAAUUGAGAAACCUCAUUUUUGUAUCGCUGAAAACCAAAGCGUUUGAUUACUGAAGUAUUGCAUGAUUUACGUACACCGACAUCCCGGAUUUCUGGCUCACAAGAACACCAAUUUAGGUAAAAAUAAUCCGCCCGAAAUUUGGAACAAACUCACACAUACACGUUGGCUGCAAAGUAGAAUUCUGAGAAGACGCCGAUUUAUCAAACCUGAAAAACAGUGUUGUCUUGUAAUGCAUCAAUACCCGUUACUGCAUCGGUAACAAUCAAUAAUACAUACAUUGUGUUGUUUAAGUCUUAAAAAUUAUGAAUUCAUACACAAAUUUCUGAAAUGAGUUGUAAGAUUCCAUAAAACCUCCUAGUAAGCAGGAUCUUAAAAUUGUAAGUAGUUUGAGGUGAAAAUUACAACAACAACAAACACACAAUCUUCUGCUAAUUGUAAGAAUUUCUAUUUCGCCAUUUUCUGGAAAACAUGUCAGAAUACAGCAGAGGGAGGAAACGUCGCAAUGCUUAUACAAUAACACAGUAAGUAACAAACUAAGGUGAACAGAUAAUGCUGAUUCUGUUUUACAUAUAAAAUGAUCUGCAUAAUGGCGUUGAAUGCAGAUUUCUUUAUUGAUAUUUAAAACUUUGUUUGUAGCAAUCAUGCAGUCACAGAGGUGUCAGUCAUAAUGAAUCAAAACUCAGACUGUGGGCUUUUAACGGCGGUCUGGGGCCACUUUCACGAAGAUGUUGUACUUGUAACAUAUCGCACAUAUAUGACAUGGUACGUUAACAUCCGACAAGUGUACGAUAAAAAAUGUCGUAGGCCUACGCCGCUUUGUGAAAGUGGCCUCUGUACAUUAUGAAACAAAGAUUGCCAAACUUUCAAUAGUGAGAAAUGCAUAUAGGUUUAUAGCAUCUGUAAACUUAAUUAAUUUUCAUGAAAAGAAAUCUUGGUUUAUUUAACAGAGCUCUAGAGAGGAUUCAAAUACCAGUGCACUCUUACAUUGACUGCUGGGCUUUGUUUCAAGUAGAAAUUGUCUCGAAACCAAAUAUAUUUUAUUUCCAAUCCCCUUUGCGCAUUGUGUGUAUUUCAUAUAUUUGUGGACAUCAAUUUCUUUAAUACAGUGGCCCAAAGACUCGUGUCACCGAUAAGAAUACCUGAAGUUUAGCAAUAUCCUACGCAGAUGUGAACGGCGUAGAUAAUGAAAUAAAAGUUUACUUCACUGUUGUGCAUUUGAUUAUUCUGUUCUUUUUGAAACUCUGUCGUUUAUACAUGAAAAGUCGUUAUCAAAAUGAUGUUUUAAGGUGAUUUCAUGUCCAUCUGAUGUUCUGUCACUCAUUGCGUUUUAAUAGUUCACGUCACAAUAUUACACUGAACUGUACUACUAAUCUGGCUCAAAGGGAAAAUGGCAAUCCAAAUCUUCUUUGAUAUAAAUUGUUUUUGCAAAUAGAAAUAAGAUUUUGGCUUGCAGUGUUAGCUGAUAUGGAUCGCUGAAACCGCUAUCAGUACGGCAUCGUUGCUCAUGUACCGCAACUGUAACAAAUGUCCGAGGUUGCAAAACGUUACACUGCUGUUUUAAGCAUACAAAUCCAAAGAUAUCUUUAAAAAGCUAUGACACAUGACCUCAUGCACACAACAACAUUAAGCAGAAUAGAUGUCAUGGUUCGUGAACGUGUUGCCGUUGUAUGUGUAAAGAAGGGGCCCGACAGUUCUCGCAUUUUCUUUUUCUAACAAGGAUUUUUUUCAGAGUUAUGUUUUAUAGGAAGUCUGCCCAACCUUUUACCA